CACACUUCUCAAUUGGCAAGCGGUCCCUCGCCACAUUAAAAAAUACAACAAUGUAUUCAAACAUGUGUGUGAAGAUCGCUCUGUGCCUGGCGCUGAUCGUCAGCAUCGACGGCUACGUGUUGAAGCACCGCACCGUGCCUCUACCAUCAGAAGGCCUCAUCCUUGAAGUAGCAGUGAGAAACAAGAACGAUCUACGUCAUCCUAUUUCUGCUAUGAAGAUUGAUAUCAACGAGAAGGAUAAAAAGGUUGAUAUGUCCUUUGUUGAACUUUCUGCAAAAGGACCAGAUUCUCGAAAAGUACCAACUUUGGAAGAUCGUACAUCUAUCCGAGUGGGUGGGUGUCCUCAAGAUACUACUAGUAUCGGUGGACUAUGCUUUCCCAAUGACGAUGUUUAAACAACUCAAUCUCCGACGACUAUUCAACGAUGCAACAAAACCAAAUUGAUAAUUGUGACAUUGAUAAAUAAAAAAUGUAUUUGAAAUGA